UUGUUAUGUUGUUCCGCGAGACAUCGAACAUGCAUUCUCUUCUUCGAAUAAAGAUAUUAAAGCCCCGCGUUUCUUCGUUUCCGUCUUUUGCGCUCUCUCUAUAAAGAUCAUCGUCUCCUCCGCGAAGCAUCGACGAAACCCUAAUACGACGACGGAGAUGGACCGGAGCUUGCCGGUGGGGGAGCUGACGUCCGGCGCCAGUGGCCGGAUCAUCCCUGUGUGCCGCUCCAUGCUGUCGCGGCGUUCUCUGUUCCGUUUGUUCCUUUUCUUCCACUCUCUCGCUCUGUGGCUCCUCCUUUUCCUCCGGAGAAGCGGAGGAAUCGCAAGGAGUCCCUUUUUGGUGAGGAAUUCUGGUGCGUCGGUGUCGUCGCCGAGGAAGAGGGGAGGGGGGAGAUGGAGGGUUGGGGCGGAGGAGGAGGAUGCGAGGAGGAGGAGGGCGUUGGCUGAAAUGGUGGACAUGGAUGGCUGUGAAGGGUGUCGUUGGGAGACGUCGGUUUUCUUGGGGACGAGGAAGAACGCGCUCUUUUGUAGGUCGUGGGUGCCGGUUUCUGGAGAGAUGAAGGGCAUUUUGGUGAUUAUUCAUGGCCUUAAUGAGCACAGUGGAAGAUAUGCUCAUUUUGCCAGGCAGUUAACCUCAUGCAACUUUGGAGUGUAUGCAAUGGAUUGGACAGGUCAUGGUGGCAGUGAUGGAUUGCAUGGCUAUGUGCCAUCCUUGGACAAUGUUGCCGCAGACACUGGAAUAUUUCUGGAGAAAAUCAAUUCAGAAAAUCCUAAUAUUCCAUGCUUCCUCUUUGGUCAUUCUACAGGGGGAGCUGUGGUUUUAAAGGCAGCAAUGCAUCCACACAUCAAGAGCAUGCUUGAAGGAGUUGUGCUGACUUCUCCAGCAUUGCGUGUGAAGCCUGCCCAUCCUAUAGUUGGGGCUGUAGCCCCACUAUUUUCAAUGGUCGCCCCCAAAUUCCAGUUCAAGGGGGCUAACAAGAGAGGCAUCCCUGUAUCAAGGGACCCUGCUGCCAUGUUAGCCAAGUAUUCAGACCCAUUGGUGUACACUGGGCCUAUUAGGGUCCGAACCGGCCACGAGAUCCUCCGCAUAUCAUCAUAUCUGAUGCAGAACAUGGAAUCGGUUACCGUCCCCUUCUUAGUCCUUCACGGAACUGCUGAUAGAGUAACCGAUCCCUUGGCUUCCCAGGAUCUUUACAAUGUGGCUUCCUCUAGUUAUAAGGACAUUAAACUUUAUGAUGGCUUUUUACACGAUCUUCUCUUUGAGCCGGAGCGUGACGAGAUCGGGACCGACAUCAUUCACUGGAUGGAGAAGAAACUCCAGCACCAGUGCCUGUAAUAAGUCAAGAUGAACAUCCCUCUCGGUUACAGACCUCACCACUGUCAAAACAAAGUGGCCAGGUUGUUGGUGGUGACACUGAAGUGUAGGGUUAGGUUGGAUGCUGUACAAGUUUGUUCUAUGUGUUUUGUUAAUUCAAUUCAAUGAAAUGGCUUGUAAUUCAUUUCUGAAACAUCAACAAUAUAAACCAAUAUAUAUAUAUAUAUAUAUAUAUGUA